ACGUAGCGUGUGACGUGUGUAACGGGCGGAUAUUUUCAAAAUGGAAGAACCUGCAAAGUUUUGGAGGGGAACACAAGAACUCUGAUCCGGCCUCUGAGAACUCUCACACCGACUACCGAUGCUCUCAUCGGUCGAGGAUUAUUACGACGAGCGUGCAUGAAACUGUGAGCCGACGAGCGGGCACGAUGAGUGUCUCUAUCGGGGACGGGAUCGAGGAUUUUAAGGUCCUCACCCUCCUCGGGAAAGGCUCCUUUGCAUGUGUUUACCGGGCAAAAUCAGUAAAUACUGGUCUGGAGGUUGCUAUCAAAACGAUUGACAAAAAAGCAAUGCACAAAGCUGGUAUGGUCCAGCGUGUGAUAAACGAGGUGGAGAUUCAGUGCCGAUUGAAACAUCCUUCUAUACUUGAGUUGUACAACUACUUUGAGGACAGCAACUAUGUGUACUUGGUGUUGGAGAUGUGCCCCAAUGGGGAGAUGAGUCGGUACCUUAAAGAGCGGAAAAUGCCUUUCUCUGAGGAUGAAGCCAGACAUUUCAUGCAUCAAAUAGUGAAAGGAAUGCUCUAUUUACAUACCCACGGCAUCUUGCAUCGAGAUCUGACUUUGUCAAACCUUUUGCUGACGAGCAACAUGAACAUGAAGAUAGCAGACUUUGGCCUGGCCACUCAGCUCAAACUCCCAAAUGAAAAGCACUUCACCAUGUGCGGGACACCGAACUACAUCUCCCCGGAGGUGGCCACGCACAGCGCUCACGGUCUUGAAUCAGAUGUCUGGUCACUGGGGUGCAUGUUCUACGCCUUUCUGAUGGGUCGCCCUCCGUUUGACACUGACACGGUCAAACACACUCUGUCUAAAGUGGUUCUCGGGGAGUAUGAGAUGCCUAGCCAUGUUUCUCGAGAGGCUCAGGAUCUGAUCCAUCACCUGCUGCAGAGGGACCCCGCCCAUCGGCCCAGCCUCUCUGCGGUGCUGGACCACCCAUUCAUGACCCACAACCUGCUGGUCAGGACCAAGGAGCUGGCGUUGGGGGAUGAAGGAUCCAUGGACAGCGGCAUUGCCACCAUCUCCACAGCCUGCACCUCCUCCACCUCAGCCAGCAGCAAUAGCCGCCUCCAGAGGAGAACCAGGCACAUGAUUGGCUCCGCCCUGCCUAACCGGAUGGCACCUAUUCCAACUCUUCCACGCCAACCCAACCACGCCUGUUUUGAGGACGGAGACCACUGGCAGCAGCUUCCGGCAGACAGAUUUCACAGAGAGGGAAGGAGCCGGGGGGUUCAUGGUGGAGACAGUGGGCAGCCUCAUUCUCGCUACCUGAGGAGGGCUCACUCUUCAGAUCGCUCUAACCCCUCCGCCUCAGGCCAGGGGUCGAGUUACCCUGAGCUGGGGAGAUGCCACUCAGAGGAGACACUUACUGGUUUUGAAAGACCAGUCUUUCAAAUGUCCUCCACUCAGCACCCAUUUUCAGAGCACGGAAAGCCCCCAUCUCCCCCCGUCAAACAAAUACCAAAUCCUGGGUAUUUGUUAUCCACACAGACUGCACAUCCACCAAACUUGCAAUUUCAAGACCUGGAGGGAGUUACUAACUGGCUCAAUAAUGACGGUUCUGGUCAGAGGCCCACAGACGGCAGCACUCACAGCAGCAGCGGCAGCUUCCACAGCAGCAGAGGACCUUUGGGAGUUCACAAUUCCUGGACGGACAAGCCCACGAGCCGAGGUGUGAACCCUCACCACAACCUGCUCUCCAACUCUGACUCGUACAGGGAAAAUAUACCCGGAGCAGAGUUCCAACCUCCUCACGGCAGAGAAUUAAAGCUCCCUUCAGCCAAACCCAGUGUGGAGAAAGAGAAGAAAACGCUGAGAGACAUCGUCCCGCCCCUGUGCGCGUCCAGACUAAAGCCUAUCAGACAGAAGACCAAAAAUGCUGUUGUGAGCGUCCUGGACACAGGUGAAGUGUGUAUGGAGCUGUUAAAAUGCCACAGCGGUCAAGAAAGGGUCAAAGAAGUCCUCCGGAUUUCCUGUGAUGGUUCAAUGGUGACAAUUUACCAGCCCAAUGGUGGAAAGGGGUUUCCUGUCCUGGACUGUCCUCCUCCUCCUCCAGAAGAUAUUCUGAUUUGUAGCUACGAGGACCUUCCAGAAAAAUACUGGAAGAAGUACCAAUACGCCUCCAAGUUUGUGCAGCUCGUGAAAUCCAAGACUCCAAAAGUGACCCUUUACACCAAGUACGCAAAGGUCAUGCUGAUGGAGAACUCUCCCAAUGCAGACCUGGAAGUUUGCUUUUAUGAUGGAGCAAAGACUCACAAGACGUCAGAGCUGGUGCGAGUGGUAGAGAAGAGCGGUAAGUCGUACACGGUGAAGGGCGAGGUGGGGCUGAGCGGCCUGAGCCCGGAGAGCAGGCUGUAUGUGGAGAUGUCUGAUGAGGGCCACAGCAUGUGUCUGUCCCUGGAGGCCGCCAUCACAGCAGAGGAGCAGCGCAGCACCAAGAAGGUCCCCUUCUUCCCCAUAACUAUCGGCAGGAGACCCGCCAACCCAGACUCCCAGUGCUCAUCGUCGCUGCCCUCCCACACGGUGCCUCCUGAUGCAGCUUCACCUCCUUCACCUCCUCAACCUCCCCAAAUCACUCCUUCGAUGAUCUCCUACGAUGGGUCAGAUUUCACCACAGCCAGCCUGAGUAAGAAAAGCUCCCCGUUGCGACAGGACAUGGUGCAAAACACAGGAAAAGUGGUUAAGUCGAUAUUUGUGCCCAAUGUUGGAUGGGCAUCCCAGCUGACGAGUGGAGAGGUGUGGGUGCAGUUCAACGACGGGUCUCAGCUGGUGGUUCAGGCUGGAGUUUCCUGCAUCACCUACACGUCUCCAGAGGGGAGGAUCACCAGGUAUAAGGAGAACGAGAAGUUGCCAGAGCACGUCAAGGAAAAACUGCACUGUCUCUCCACCAUCCUGGGACUGCUGGCCAACCCCACAGCACAUCAUCUACAACCUCAUUAACACUUGGUGAUUUGAAAUAAAACAACAUCCCAGCAGCAGCAGGGGCCUGGCAGGGAACAAAAAGUAGCUUUAGAAACCUUUAUGUUGUCUUUCGUCUGGUGCUCUUGUAAAUAUAUAUUUGUGUUUGUUUGUUUUUUACAUGUACAGAAGACUAAGAUUAUGAAAAUAUAUUUUAUUUUAAUACGCAACCAUUUGGCUCAGUUAGACUUGUAAAAAAAAGUUUGUCAUGAUGUCUUUUUUUUUUACUGUUUCAAUGUUAUGAAAUGCUUGAUUCAUAAAUGCUAAGUCAAUAAACAU